AUGAUCACCGAAAUAAUCGAAUGGGGUUGUCCUGAGUACUCCAGAUGCUCGCUGGUGCUCGGUUACGUCUCAUCUCUGGCAUGGCUCGUGGCACAGGUCCCACAACAGAUCACAAACUAUAAGACAAAGUCUGUGGAUGGUGUUUCGGUUGGUUUGUUGGUUUUGUGGUUUAUGGGUGAUCUCUUGAGUUUCAUUGGAUGCAUAUUGACUCAUCAGCUGCCAUUCCAGUACUAUCUGGCGCUGUACUUCAUUUACAACGAUCUUGUGCUCUGUGGUCAAUGGUACUACUAUACGUACCGGUACAAAGCCCAUCAUCGUGUCAGAAUAGAGAAGUUACAGGGUCUUCCUAUUGAUUCCGAGGAAUCAUCUUGCAACGAGACAAGUUCACUUAUAGAACGGAAUCCGGGGUCAGACAUACAAAGCACGGGCCAGUCUCGGCUCUCCAAAGCCAGAAGUCCGAAUAUGGCAAAAAUAAUGGCAGCAUCGGCGUCUUUGAUCAGCAAUGCGCAUGCUCUUCCAAUUCCCAAGAAUGCAUCUUUUCCUGUAUCGAGUUACGCUGAGUACGACACGGUUGGGAGAUUCUUUGCUUGGUCAUGUACUUGUGUUUAUCUUGCUUCUCGGAUUCCACAGCUCUACAAGAACUGGCAGAGGAAGUCUGUGAGUGGCAUAUCGCCUCUUCUGUUUGCUGCUGCAUUAGUGGGCAAUCUUUGCUAUACUGGGUCUAUUCUCUCGUCCUGUGAUUUCAUGUUUGCUGAUGAUGGCAGGGCCUUUGUUAUGAAAGAACUCCCCUACAUUCUCGGCAGCAGCGGCACCAUUAUUUUUGAUUUGUUUUACUUUUACCAAAGAUGGAUGUAUGGUGAGCAUGAAGGGCAAAUAUUCAGCGACGAUGCAGUAGAGAGCAUUGUUGGUCAAUCAAGUUGA